AUGGAUCUGAAGACGAAGAUUAUUCAGCAAGCCUUAGCGCCGUUCUGCGUCAACGUCGGGCAAGCGUCCGACGAUCUCGCAAGGGAAGAACAAGACGGCCUUCGUCGCCUUUUCUUCCUGACGAAACACGCUCUAGGCGACGGUCAUCUGUAUUUACCACCAGCUCAGGAGAGUAACACAGCCAUAUCGAUUGACGAACAGCCAGUAGUGACCCAAGAACAAAUAUUUGAAAAUAUACAUCUGCAUAAGGAGGUUCUAGGUUCUGUAAAGCAACAACCUUUAGGAAUGAGAAGAAAGCUAAAAAUUGUUCACCAGGCAAAGGGCUACAUAAAGCGACAUGAAGGACAAUUGCAAGAAAGACUUGCCCAAUCAAAAAGUACUAGGGAUAUUUAUGCGAGAUUUAAUAUUGUCAUGGCUACAAAAUGGCAGCAGUUAAAGAGGGAAGCAGCAAACACCUCAAAUCUUCUUAUUCCUUGGGAGUUAAGAAUCAAAGAGAUUGAAUCACAUUUUGGCUCUGUUGUAGCAUCAUAUUUUACGUUUUUAAGAUGGUUGUUUUGGGUCAAUUUGGUUAUCGGUUUUAUUUUGCUUGUUUUCGUCAUCAUACCUGAGUAUUUGACUGCAAACCCGUUACAAGAUGGAGAAAGAAAAAUAAUAAUGGAAGAAGAGCGUGAGAAUGCUACCAAGCUAUUGACUCUCUGGGAAUUUGAAGGUGCUCUCAAAUACUCGCCAAUAUUUUACGGCUACUACAGCAACAUCGAGCGGACUGAAUACAGGAUGCCAUUGGCUUAUUUUCUUACAGGUCUCGUAGUAUAUAUUUAUAGCUUCGUCGCCAUACUGCGGAAGAUGGCAGAAAAUUCCCGGAUGUCAAAACUAUCUGAAAAGGAAGAUGAAUGUAUAUUUUCGUGGAAACUAUUUACUGGAUGGGAUUAUAUGAUUGGUAAUGCUGAAACUGCACAUAAUCGAAUAGCAUCAGUUAUUUUGGGAUUCAAGGAAGCUUUAUUGGAAGAAGCCGAAAAGAAAAAGAAGUUAAGAAACUGGCGAACUAUUUCUCUUAGAGCUAUAGUAAACAUUUGUGUUAUUGCACUUCUGGCUGUGUCUGCUUAUGCCGUAGUAACUGUUGUAUCCCGUUCAGAUGACAAUGUUAAAGUUAGCAUAUGGUGGAGGGAAAACGAAACAACUAUUGUAGUAACAGUAAUAUCAAUAACAUUUCCACUAUUUUUUGAACUUUUUGGAUUUUUAGAGCAUUAUCAUCCAAGGAAACAAUUAAGACUACAACUUGCUAGAAUUAUGCUAUUGAAUCUUCUAAAUUUAUAUUCCUUAAUUUUUGCUCUGUUUAGUAAAAUUGAAGGAAUGAGUAAUGAAUUAAUUUCUUUACAACCGACUUUAGAAAUGAACGUAACAGUCGUUCCUGUAUCAAAUAUUAAUGAAUAUGAAGCAAGAUUGCCUAUGGCAUGUUUUGAGAUAAGAGUGCCAUGUUUACCAUGUGACAUGGUUACCCCUGAGCAGGUGUCUAAACCUACCUUAAUUAUAAAUGAUUUUGAACAGCAAAAUAAAAGACAAAAUGCUAAUGAGCAAAAUUUAAACUAUACUAUACAUAGUAAUAGAAACAAAUCUAGCUCUAUUUUGCGACGUCGAGACUUGCUCUAUGUUGCUCAAAAUCUGAUUCAAGAAAAUGGCAGCGAUUUUAAGAAUGAUGAAAAUGCUUUUUUAAAAGAAAUUGAAAGAAUAAGAAAUUUAAGUAUGCUAUCAGGGCUAGAAGAGUCUAAUGAUGAUAAAUCAGAAGGAAAUGAUGAAGAAUUUUAUGAUAUAUAUGAUACAACCUCAACUGAGUCAAAUUUACUAUCAUCUACAACUACUAUAGGAGAUUAUGAAUCGACAAGUGAGAAUUCAAAUGAACUUUAUACUUCUACAAUACAAACAAGCACUGAAAUACCAUCGAGCACCUUUUCAAGUUACUAUGAAACACAAAGUUCAAUAAAAGAUACUUUCCCUAAUAUUGUUUUAAAUACAGAUUUUAAUAUUUUUUCAAACACUAAACAUGGAACAGAUUCAACCAAUUUUGAGUUUGUAACCACUUCUUACGAUAUCAAGCAUUCAACAAAUGAAAAUACCGCCUAUGCUAUUACAGAUUUAAGCACUGAGACUGAAUCAAGCUAUUCAAAUACACAUGAUACAAGCUUUACGACUGAUAUAAGUCUUACUAAUUCUGAAACUAUUCAAUUCCAAAAUACAGAAAUUCCAACAGUUAAGGAUUUUCCAGGUGCUUUUGAAAAAACAGCUACAUGUGCAGAUAUAUCUUUUAAUUGUUCAAUAAACUGUGGAGAUAAAAAUAUAACCAAAAUGUUUUUUAUAUCUAAUUGUAAAGUUAUAGAAACUAGAUGUUAUAUCACACAAUGCACUAUUGUAAAAGAAAAUUUAGAAGCCUUAAGAAAGAACCAAACCAAUUCUUCUGUGACAGAUAUUACCUACUUUGAUGUUCAUCAUAGAAAAAUGUACAAUUUAAGUAUAGAAACCAAGAAAAAAUUGCUUAAAUUAUGUUGGGAAUCUAUGUUUGGCCAGGAAUUAGUUAAAUUAACAAUGAUGGAUUUGAUACAAUUAAGACGAGAAAGAACGGAAGAAAGACGAAAAAUGUUUCAAUUAGCAGAUACGAGAAGACGCGGUGGAUCAUCCUCUAUAGAUAAUACUCCAUUUGCUAGGUGGAAAAAAGCGUUACCAUCUCUUCCAUUAACCAAAUCUAUAGAUUCUGACGAUCGAAAGGCUAUUGAUAAUAAUAAAGAACCAGCGAAAACAAUAAAAAAGAAAGGUGGGAUAUUUGCAAGGAUUGUUGGAUUAGCAGUAGACAAAAAAUCUGAUGGAGAGGUAACCAAUGUUUCUUCAAAAAGUAAUAAUAUUGAUGAAGAAGCCGAUAAUGACUUUCACGAAUCUUUACCACAAGAAAUUUUAAAAAUGAGAGAUAUUAAAAUCACUAGGGGUACCGAAGGUACUAAAAAACUAAAGAAAAAAAGUAGUGUUGAAUUUAAAACUAUUGACAAUAUUUAUGUACAAUUAGAAAAUAUGUCAAAAGGUGAUUAUGGUGAGAAUAAUGAAUUAGAAGAAAAUAAAUGUGAGGACGUUAAUUUCAAAGUGAGCGAUAUAAAAGAAACUUUCACGAAUGACAAAAAUGUACAAAAGCCAAAUUCAAACAAAAAAUUUAAAGAAAAAAAACAAAGCUCUGAAUCCAGUAAUUUCUCGAAAAACAAUGAUUCAAUCGGAUCAGUAAUACCCGUUAUUACCAUAAGCACAACAGAAAGUGAUGACGAAAUUCUACAAAGAGCAAAGAAUCAAAAAAAUGUCAAAGAAAAUCAUAAAGAAAAUGAAGAAGAGAGCAAACCAAUAGAACUAAAAAAAAGUGAAAAGAAACAGAGAGCGUACGCUAUCAACAGUCAACUUCAUUCUGCGACGGGACGGCGCACGCGCAACAUGGCGCGUGUUGUCGUACUCCUAUUAUUGUACACAAGCAUCGCGUGCGCAGAAAUAUUGACACCCCCAUACUUUAAUUUAGCGCUCGGCAAGAAGAUUACUGCGACAGCGACAUGUGGUGACGAGAGUCCUGAAUUAUACUGCAAAUUAGUUGGCGCCAACGCUGACCACGAUGAGCGUGUUAUCCAAGGACAGGUUUGCGAUUUCUGCGAUGCCAAAAGUGAUACAAAAAAACACCCGCCAGAAUUUGCCGUGGAUGGUAUGGAGACGUGGUGGCAAAGUCCACCGCUUUCUAGAGGGAUGAAGUACAACGAAGUUAACUUAACCAUCGACCUUGGUCAGGAAUUUCAUGUGGCUUAUGUUUUCGUGCGAAUGGGUAAUUCUCCCCGUCCUGGACUGUGGUCUUUAGAAAAGUCUACUGAUUAUGGGAAGACAUUCAAACCAUGGCAAUAUUUUUCUGAUUCACCUCAAGAUUGUGAAAGAUAUUUCGGUAAGGAAAGUCUUCAGCCUAUUACAAAAGAUGAUUCUGUUAUAUGUAGCACCGAAUAUUCUAAAAUUGUCCCUCUUGAAGGAGGAGAGAUACCGAUAUCCUUGUUAAACUACCGGCCUUCAGCAAACAAAUACUUUAAUUCAUCAGUAUUGCAAGAGUGGACUAGGGCAACUAAUGUAAGACUAAGGUUAUUAAGAACUAAAAACUUGCUUGGACAUCUUAUGUCGGUGGCAAGACAAGAUCCCACAGUAACGCGAAGAUAUUUCUACAGUAUUAAAGACAUCAGUAUUGGUGGUCGAUGCAUGUGCAACGGCCAUGCUGACACAUGCGACCCUGCGGCCCCUGAAAGUGACACAAGUAUCUUAGUGUGUCGCUGCCAGCACAACACCUGCGGGCCCCAAUGUGCUGCUUGCUGUCCGGGAUUCGAACAAAAGAAAUGGAGAAUUUCCCAAAACUGGGAUAGAUUUGCUUGUGAACCUUGUAACUGCCAUAAUCAUACCACGGAAUGUACGUUUGAUGCUGAAAUUGAUAAACAGCGACUAUCUCUGGAUAUUCAUGGCAACUACGAAGGCGGUGGUGUUUGUAAAAAUUGUCAGCAUAAUACGGAGGGUAUAAACUGUAACAAAUGCAGACCAACAUUUUAUAGACCUUAUGGCAAACGCUGGGAUGAACUAGAUGUGUGCCAACCCUGCAACUGUAAUUUGCAUUACUCAACGGGUAACUGCGAAGAAGAAACGGGUCGGUGUGAAUGCAGAGCUGAAUUCAAACCACCAAAUUGUGAUUCCUGCGCUUACGGCUACUUCGACUAUCCCAACUGCAAACCUUGCACGUGCAACCUGAAUGGUACAGAGGGUCAACACUGUACUCCCACUGAUGGAAUGUGUCCAUGCAAAUACAAUUACGCGGGUAACUCGUGUGAAAUUUGCGCUGAUGGCUAUUAUUCAACUGAAUGCAAAAAUUGCGAAUGUAAUUCUGUAGGAUCUGUGUCACAAGUAUGUGACAAAGAAAGUGGUAACUGUACAUGUAAAAGCAAAUAUAGUGGAAGGACCUGUAAUCAAUGUGAAGCUGGUUAUUAUAACUAUCCGACGUGCAAACAUUGCAACUGCGACACAAGUGGAACGCAGCCUAAUAUUUGUGAUGAUGUCACCGGGCAAUGUAUAUGCAAACCAGGCUUUGGUGGAUCCCGCUGUGAUCAAUGUAUUUCAGGAUAUUAUAUGGAGGUUAAGGGUCGAGAAAGGUCAUGCGUGCCAUGCAACUGCUCCCCAACUGGUUCUACUUCAACCAGUUGCUCUGCUGAUGGAAAAUGUAAUUGCCUGGUCAAUUUUGGAGGCAAACAAUGUGAUCAGUGUUCGCCAGGAUAUUACAAGUUCCCAGGAUGCUUACCGUGCAACUGUGAUGAAUCCGGCACAAUCGGGUCCACUUGUGACGAUAACGGCCAGUGUCACUGUAAGCCUAAUUUUGACGAUGUUAAGUGCGACAAAUGCAAGGAACAAUUCUACAACUAUCCAGCUUGUGAAGAAUGCAACUGUGAUCCAAGAGGUGUCAUCGCGUCAUUCGCUGGGUGUGGAUCUGUACCAGCAGGAGAGUUAUGCCAAUGUAAAGACCGAGUCCAAGGACGCAUAUGUAACGACUGUAAAGCUUUAUUCUGGAACUUGCAAGAAUAUAAUCCCCUUGGAUGUGAAAAGUGUAAUUGUAAUAUAGCCGGCACUCUUGGCGGUCUUGGUGCAUGUAACACUCGCAGCGGUCAGUGCACGUGUAAAAUGCACGUCGGAGACAGACAGUGCGACCAAUGCCAAGAUGGUUUCUAUAAACUAGAGACUCAAAACCUAUUCGGAUGCAGAGCUUGUGACUGCGAUAUCGGUGGAUCUAUCGAUAACAACUGUGAGAAAAGCACUGGUCAAUGUCGAUGUCAUUCACGCGUAGAAGGUAGGCGCUGUGACCGCCCCAUACGUGCUCAUUACUUCCCCACAUUACAUCAAUUUCAGUAUGAAGUAGAAGAAGGCCUCACCCAAUCGGGACCUGUGAGAUAUCGAAAUUCUGAAGAUGUAUUCCCUGGAUACUCGUGGAAGGGAUAUGUGGUUUUCUCGCCACUUCAAAAUGAGGUCAUCAACGUGGUCCAUAUCACCAAGUCUUCCUUAUAUCGCUUGGUAUUAAAGUAUGCAAAUCCCCUUCGAGAUCCUGUUAUUGCUAAUAUUAUAAUUACACCUGAGAGCGUCCUCGAAACGAAGCAAUGGUUCAACGUAUAUUUAAGACCUACUAUUCAACCACAGCUCAUAACAGUUCUUGUUGAAAAAGGAAAUGGGCCUGCGCCUUUUGUAAUGAAUGCUGGAAAUUGGACCGUUACUAUAAAAACUACUAAGGAAAUUAUGAUUGAUUACUUCGUUCUUAUACCGGAAGCUUACUACGAGGCUACAGUUUUAACAAAGCUUGUAGAUAAGCCAUGCAUUAUUGGAGAAAAGAAACUUUGCAGACAUUUUGCUUAUCCCAGUAUUAUUGGGCGACCUUCCGCAAAUGUAAUGGAAUUGGUAUCAACUGUUAGUGAAUUUAUAUCUGAUCCUGAGCAAUUAAACGAGUACGCAGUUGGCACAAAUCAUAUACCACUAAUAAAUAGUAAACAAAACGAACUUCAAUAUAAUAUGAAAAUUGAUCCUGCUGGAUCCUAUGUACUAGUAAUUGAAUAUGUUACACCAGUAAAUAGAUCAGCAUUGCAGAUGAUUGAAUAUGAUACUGAACCAACUGAGGUCUAUGACUCGUCUCCUAGAGCAACGAUCACUAUUAGAUUCCAAUCUGGAGAUGGGCCAGAAUAUAAUGCAAUAGCCAACUUAAACGACUGUCCAUAUACUGCACCUUGCAGACAAGUUAUUGUAGAUGAUAUAUCAAAAAUUUACACCUUUAAUGUACAAGAUCCGAACAAUGUUAUAUAUCUGAAUGGACAUAGUGGUACCCUGGCCGGAAUCAAAUCAAUUAUUGCGAUACCAGAAGCAGAAUGGCAUUUGGAUUACAUAACACCAAGACCGUAUUGCUUGAGAAGAGACAAUCGCUGUGUUCCUGCCGUUUUCUCAACUGCCGUUGAUUCUAAAAAGGUUGAAAUAGAAUCAGGCAUAGGAGGCAACCGCGAAAUAAGGCCCUCAAUUCAGGAUAAUUCUACAAUAGUAGUAUAUCUAGCACCACAAUCAGAACCAGUAACAUUAGAAUCGAAAGUUCCUACUCCUGGGGCAUAUAUGUUCGCCGUGCAUUAUUAUCAGCCAGACCAUCCAGAAAGCAACAUCAAUAUCGUUUUAACCGCCGACGGCCAACAAUAUGAAACUAAUAUCCCUGUUGAACACUGCCCAUCAAAUUCUGGGUGCAGAGCCCUCAUUAAAUUAGCGGAUGGAAAUACUGAAUUUGCAAUAAAUGAAAACUUUACCAUCGUAUUUAAGGGAGAUACUAGUGAAGGAGUAUGGUUAGAUUAUGUCUUAGUCAUUGAUAAGUCAGAUUUCGUUGAAUCUGCGUUACGAGAAGCAAAUAUGGUCGAUUAUACUAGAGAAUUUAUCGAGAAAUGUGCUGCAAAUCAUUACUAUAUUGCUUCGAACGAAACGGGUUUCUGCCGCGAUGCCAUGUUUUCUAUAACAUCCGAGUAUAACAGCGGUGCCUUAAGUUGCGUCUGUGAUAUUAUGGGUUCAACAGAACUAGAAUGUAACACAUUUGGAGGACAAUGUCCCUGUAAGGAAAAUGUUAUCGGUAGAACAUGUAGCGCGUGCAGAACUGGAUAUUAUGGAUUUCCCUAUUGUAGACCAUGUCACUGCCCAUCAACAGCAAUAUGUGACGAAAACGGUAUGUGUAUCUGUCCCAAAAAUGUGGAAGGAGAAAAUUGUGACCGGUGCAAGCCUUACACAUUCAACUUCGACGUGCAGCGCGGUUGCGACGACUGCAAUUGCAAUCCUUUAGGUGUGAUCGACAAUCAGUUGCAAUGUGAAGCUGACAGCGGUAAUUGCGCAUGUAAAGAAAAUGUCAUCGGUCGUGUUUGCGACUAUUGCGUACCUGGGCAUUAUGCCUUCCCUGACUGUCUUCAGUGUACUUGUGACUUACAUGGUACUACUGACGAUGUUUGUGAUCAAAAUACUGCCCAAUGUUAUUGUAAAAAGCAUGUUAAGGGCCAAGCUUGUGAUGUAUGUAAAGAAGAAUACUUCAACCUCCAACCUGACAAUCCUGAUGGUUGUACCAAAUGUUUCUGUUUUGGCAAAACUACUAGAUGUGUCAGCUCGUAUUUAUCGUGGGCUAUGAUUAAUGGCAUGAGUGAUUGGUAUUUAGUAAAUAUUGAAGCGAACCGUACUUUAAAUAUUUUCCCGUUAUCCGUUCCACCAACCGUACUAAAUGAUUCUGUGAUUGGAGCAGAUGUCGCUAGUAAUGAUGGAACUCAAAAAGUCGUAUAUUUUGGUGCACCAGAUUAUUAUCUUGGUAAACGUCUAACAUCAUAUGGUGGGUACCUAACAUAUUCUGUCUUCUACACCACACAAGAGAAUGGCCACGCUAUUGAUGCGGCUGACGUGAUCAUAGGAGGAUCUAAUGGUUUUAUAGUCCAUAAUAGUAUUGAACAACCCCCAUCGCUUGUUAACUGGAUGCAUAGUGUAAGAUUUACAGAAGAAGAAUUCACAAAUCUUGACGGAUCAGCUGUAACGAGAGACCAGUUUAUGAAUAUUUUAGUCGACGUCACUAGUAUUUACAUAAGAGCAACAUAUUGGGAUGAAGCCGUUACAACAAGAUUGAUUGCUGUAACAUUGGAUGUUGGCGUUGAUGAUUAUGCAGAUGACAGAAGAGCUUCAUCUGUAGAAGAAUGUCAGUGCCCCAAGGCUUACAGAGGUCUCUCCUGUGAGCAAUGUGCUGAAGGUUACUAUAGGCUUAGUUCAGGACCUCAUGCAGGAUUUUGUGUACCUUGUCAAUGUAAUGGACACUCAAAAGAAUGCGAUGUUAAUACUGGAAUCUGUUUAGAAUGUACCGAUAAUACAAUGGGUGAUCAUUGUGAACAAUGUAUCCAAGGUUAUCACGGAGAUGCGACAGUUGGUACACCAAGAGAUUGUUUAAUUUGCGCUUGUCCAAUACCCUAUGCUUCUAAUAAUUUCGCAAUCGGCUGUGAUUUGAGCGAAAAUGGUACGCUUAUAUCAUGUAUAUGUAAGCCAGGCUACGGUGGGGCUCGUUGUGAAUAUUGCGCUGCAGGAUAUUUCGGAAUACCAGAACAAAUUGGUGACUAUUGCAAACCUUGUAAUUGUUCUGGUAAUAUCAAUACGGAUGACCCCAGUUCUUGUGACAGCAUAACUGGUGACUGUCUUAAGUGUGUGAACAAUACAGCAGGGGCUGCCUGUAAUUUAUGUGCACCUGGAUUCUUUGGUGAUGCCAUCUUUUCCAAGAACUGCACAGCAUGUGUUUGCGACGAAUUUGGCAUGGAGCGUUGUGAUCCAACAACUGGUACUUGCAUCUGUCGGCCUGGAGUGAUAGGCGAUAAUUGUGACCGCUGUGCGCCAAACCACUAUGGCCUUAAUAGCGGACAAGGAUGUACGCCUUGUGACUGCGGUAUUGCUUCUGAAUCCGCACAAUGUGAUGAUAACACAGGACAAUGCCGAUGUGCCAUAGGAGUAACUGGAAAGCAUUGUGAUCAAUGUGCAGCUGGAUUUUGGAAUUACACGAAGGAAGGAUGUGAUAAUUGUAAUUGUAACAAGGGUUAUUCAGUGGGAUUUAUGUGCAAUGCGACCGGACAAUGUCAAUGUUUACCAGGUGUAAUAGGAGAAAAAUGUGACCGCUGUCCGGAAAGAUGGGUCCUACUUCCACAAGAGGGAUGUCUAGAAUGUAAUUCGUGUACCGAUGCCCUUAUAUUUACAGUGCAAGAUCUAAGCGAACUUUUAAGUAAUGAAACUCUUGACUUUAAGGAUAAAGCUGAUUCGUUCUUCACUACUCAGCGCCUUAACUACAUAGCCAAUCAAACAGAACUGUUAAAACCAAGAGUAGCGGAACUAAAAAAUGUUGAUCUUGGAGAAGUCACAUCUUCCGUUAAAGGACUAGAGACCAGUGCCAAAAACCUUUUACGAUCAGCUGAAUUUGCAGCUACUGAUAGUGAUAAACAAAUAUUAAGAGCCUCAGAAUUAGCUAACGCUGCCAACGAAGUGCUCGCUUCGGUAAGAGAAAAUAGCCAAAAUGCAAAAGAUGUGGUGAGAUAUGUUGCUGAAUUAGCUACUGGUCUUGAAUUGAGUCAGCAACCUAAAGUAGAGAGUGCUUUAACGGAAGCAAGACAAAUUAAAAGUGAUAUUGCAGAGAAAGAUUUGAAACCCAAGGAGACACAAGCGUUUAAUGCAUACACAAACGCAACAAAACAAAUAGAAAGAAUGAACCUGUUUGUUCAACCAGUGAACGAACAAAUAAAGAAAUUUGAAUCUGUCAUUAAUACGACGCGUCAAUUAAAAGCAAAGCUCGAUGAUUUGCUUGAAUAUACAGACCUUGCACAACAAACUACUAAAGACGCGGAAAAGCUUAAUGCAAACAACAGAAAAUCCAAAUUUGGAAAUAAAGUACUGUCAGUGACCAAAUUAAAUGGCGCAGCUAUGAAAGAUCUUAUCGACGCAGCCAUCGACAUCAACAAUGCGACAUACUUUACAGCAAAAGUUGGAGAUGUUACAAAGAAUGCAGUUAAAGUUCUAAAUGACAUAAAUUCUAUUAAUACAGAAACAGAGAACAGUUUACAAAACAUAACCGACUUGCUACCCAAUUUAAUCAAUUUGACAAGUGAAGCACAUGUUCAUGCGCAUAAUUUGAGGGACAGGGCUGACAGUUUGAGAGCCUUAGCUGAGCGCGAAAAUAACAACACUCGAACUCAAGAUGCAUAUUCAGCAGCAUCUGCUUAUUCAUCUAUAGUACAAGAAAUAGGAGAAGCCAAAAACGCAAGUGAUGAAGCCGAAGCUGUAGUUAAAAACGUUAACGAUACUAAUAAUGAGAUAAAUGAACGGGCUACACCAACACGAAAUCGUUCCGUCACUUUAUCAGAACGUGCUUUAAAAGCAUUGAACAAUGUUGAAGAAACUCUCAGGCCAAACUUAACUCUAGCUCAUGCCGCUUUAGGUAACGUUACAUCUACACUAGGCUAUGCUGACGAUGAAAACAAUGCAAUUCAAUUAUCUCUUCCAACGGCUCCACAACCAUCCCUCGAAAAAGAAAGUGAGAAAGCAGAUAAAGUUUCAGAAACAGUAAAAAAUACUAUUGGCAUCAUGUCAGACCUAGGGAAAGAAUUAGCUUCUAGCAAGGAGUGGGCUCAGACUUUACCCAAAUCGGCAGAUGAAGCCCAGAAAAUGACAUCCAAUGUUGACAAUUUAGUUAUUAAUAUCAAUGAAAUGAUUCCAAACAUUUCGUCUACUUAUGGGACUGUAAAAAUGAGACAGGAAGAUCUUGAAGGUCGUAGAAAGGAAGCUGAUGAAAAACUACAGAAACUAAAAGAGCUGAUUGAACAGGCCCGUACAGUAGCUAACCGUCUACCAGUAGGAGUAACUUUUGACCGCCGGUCAACUCUACAACCUCGUCUGCCUGAUACAGUAGAUGAAAUGUCAACUUCCACUCACGUAUCUGCUUACUUCCGUACAAAAGAAAAGGAUGGCUUUAUUUUAUACCUUGGUAAUCCAAAAGACACUAUGCUUAGAAGAACUAAAUCGGAUGAUUUCAUGGUCAUAGGCAUACAAAAGGGCUAUCCCUAUUUAGUUAUGGAUAUUGGCGACAGUGCCGAGUCUGGUCGAGAACCAGCCAAGAUUGGAGGCGACAAAUAUGUUGCUGAUAACAGAUGGUACCAAGUUAUUGUCGAUAGAGUUGGGCGUAACGUUAAGUUAUCAAUUCGCGAGAGUCUUGACAAUGGUACGGAUAAGAUACACGACAAAGAAGCAGUGUUGCCUGGCCAACAUACGAUAUUUAACUUAGACCGUGAUAAAUCAAAACUAUAUGUCGGUGGAGUACCAUCUGAUGCAAAACUGCAAGGUGUUAGUUUCCCAGCCUUUGAAGGCCAAAUUGAAGAAUUAAUGAUAGGAGACACACCAGUCGGCUUAUGGAAUUUCGUUAAUGCUGCUAAUUUGGAAGGGGCGCGGCAAAGGGACAAAUUAAUAUCAUCUCAAUCUGGUCCACAAGAAUAUCGUUUCAAUGGACGUUCGCACGUUACAAUGCCCGGACGAGGAUAUCUUGGCUCUCAGAAAAAUCAAGUGUUAUUGUUCUUUAGAACAUACGCUCCAGAUGGUCUUAUAUACUUACUAGGAGAAGACAAACAUUUCUUUUCUUUGCAAAUGCAAGAUGGACGAGUGUUUUUACAGAUGUCACUUGGAAAUACAGAUGAGUUAGUCAUCCUCGGAACUCAAAAGAUAUUUAAUGAUGGUAAAUGGCAUAGGCUGGAUGCAGGAAGAUAUUUGAAUUCUUGUUCCCUUAGGGUUGACAAUGAACUAUUGAAGGGAUCGUCGAACUCAGAUGAGAAUGAAAUUACUGCGUUAGAUACAAUGAACUUUGGAGGAAACAAUAAGAACAUUAUACAAGUUACAAACAAAGGUUUCGAUGGAUGCAUACGACAAAUUAGUAUAGAUGGAAUUAACAUAGACUUAAGUGAAAAUAUUGAAUCCGUAGGAAUUGCUUACGGGUGUCAGUUUGCAUCUCUAGUCUCAUUGGCUGGAGACAAUAGUUAUCUUCGAUUUAUGGAUAUAACAACAGAAAAUGUUCAGUUAACGCUUAAAUUUAAGACUUCAAGUCCCGAUGGUUUACUAUUUGUUUAUGUAAGUCGAACUCAAACAACGGCAACACCAGACAGCAUCUCACUAUCUAUUAUUAAAGGAAAACUAGUGCUCAUGAGUCAACGAGAAACUUUAGAUACAGGACUCAGCACAUACAAUGAUUCUCAGUGGCACGUAGUUUCUGUAACUCAUAAUAGCAAAGCAUUAAGACUUGUUGUGGAUGACUUCGACUACUUUAGCACGGACUCACCACCUGAGCCUCUCCAUAUACUGAGUGGCGUUCUUUUUGUGGGUGGAGUCCAGCCUGGAUACGUAGUUGGUGGUAAAGUUGGAUCUAAAACACCUUUCAAAGGGUGCAUUGCAGAUACAACUAUUAAUGGAAGAGUUUUAAAUCUAUUAGAACCUUUCAGCAAUCACAGCGUUACCUUCGGACGAUGUGGUAAAACAAUCUCAACAGGCGGAGUUAUCCAAGAUCUCGGAGCAUGGCCAGCCCCAACACGCGGAGAUGUAUUGCCAAUGCCAAAUAUUCUGGAACCAGUAGAAGAAGUCACCGCCAAAAUAGAAAACCCAUUAGUCUACGCACCAGACGUGUUAACAACAACAACACCAGUGACUACGACAAUCCAACCAACAACUACAAAGGCACCAUUUAUCGAAAAAGAGACGGUAACAACCAAAGCUGCCAUAACAACUACAAAACUGCCGCCACCACAGCCAGAGCCUGGAUGCGCUCUAGCCUAUGACGAACAAUAUAGUAUCGGUGACCCUGAAGAAGGAUACAGAUUUGGUACGAGAAACGACAGUCGAAUAGAAUAUGGUAAAUUGCCGAGCAGACAACUGGAAGGCUUCGAUCUCACGAUCACCUUCCGUACAUUCGAUCAAAACGGUGGAUUGAUAUUUUACGCAGCAGCUAAACGCGCUCCCAGUCAAUUCCUCGCACUUUAUAUGAAAAAUGCAAUAUUGCAUUUCGCAUUCAACUGUGGUGGUGAAAAUGGUUUCGUAGUGUCUAAUCAGACCUAUAACGAUACCGAAUGGCAUUCGGUUACACUUGUACGAAACGGGGGCCAUGGAAAACUGACAGUCGACGGUGAGAGGAUAGGAGAAACUAGUGUAACUUGCUAUGCUCCUUCUGUACUCACCCCACCAUACUAUUAUGGUGGCUUGAGAUCUAUCAACAAUAGUGUCAGUCAAAAUCUAGAGGACUUUUACCAGCCUUUCAAAGGUUGUCUUAAGGGAUUAAUGAUGAACGGACAAUAUGUCACUGACAUUCUUCAUAGAGUCAAUUCACUUCGCUGCACGGACCGUGUGGAGGACGGUGUUUAUUUUGGCCCCUCGAGCAAUGCCCGCAGUAAUUAUUUGAAACUGCUCCAAAACUUUAAAGUCGGUUAUGAAAUCUCUAUAUCUAUGGAAAUCAAACCACGCAACUCUACUGGAUUAUUACUAAGCGUCCACGGCAGAACAGACUUCAUGAUUUUAGAACUUUUGGAGAACGAAGUUGUUGCUAAUGUAGAAAAUGGCAAAGGUCCAUUUCACGCUAGUUAUAAAUUGGGCAACAAAUUUUCUUUAUGCGAUGGAAACUGGCAUAGAAUACACGCGGUGAAAUCCCGACACGUAGUGUCUGUAGGUGUAGACGGACAUUUCUCCGAUGCUGGACUAGGAGUGUCGGGUUCCACGGAUACCCGAUCAGCAAUUUACAUCGGAGGACAUGAAAAGCCAAUAACAAAAGUGAAGGGAGUGCGUUCUAAUAGAGGAUUCACUGGUUGUAUACGAAACAUUAUAAUUAAAGAAACCAACGUGCAAAUCCCGCUUACGGCCGCACACAGGAACACACACAUUGGAGUAUGCCCAAGUGAU